UUGCUCCAAAACACGGGAAAGUGGCCGCCACCGCAAAAUCUCGCGCAGCCCGAAAUGGCCCGAUUCCUAUCGAACAAACAGCGCCUAGUGGUCGCGUGAGUGAAUCGUCCUGCUGUUCGCCGUGUCGCCUCUGCCGUGACGUGUGCCGAAAAGUGAAAACAUACGCCACCAUGGCACCAUUAUCACGGUUUCAAGCGUCCCGUGUUAGGUUUUAGGCCGCCACUUCUUCCCCCCCACCCACCAAAGAAAGCAAUAAGAGCACAGCACCCCGUCGUCGUGGUGCGUAUCGAAAUCUUCCAUCGCACGGCCUACUGGUCACGGGUCAAGGUCGGCCGAGGAUGGAUCGCGUGAAGCUGUGCGAUCAGAUACUGCUGCAGAAGCUGCACUUGCUGAGUAAUGCGGUGCUCAGGACGAACCGGGGCAUCACGGAGCGCGAGCUGGAGGAAGCGUUCAAGCAGUCGAUCGGGUACCGGGCGCCCCGCUUCUUUCCACCGACCGACGGAACCCUCCCGAUCGUGUACAGCGCGCUCUUCGUUGUGGCUUUGUUCAUCGUGACCCCCUUUUUGGCCGGAUUUCUUGAACUUGGCCUCGGUAUGCGCUGCAUCGUGCCAAACAACUAUCUGAUCUGGGAAGCGACACGACCGGUGUCGAACUGUGACUUUUGCCGUGGCGUCGAUCGGCCCAUUAUACUGCCGAACUUGACGCGCGACGAGUUCCAACCGUACGCGUACUCCUCGCGGCCCAUCAUCAUCAAGCGAGCCGUUUCGCACUGGCCGGCGGUGCGGUUGCUGAACUUUACCUUCCUGAAGGACCUGUACCUGCGGCACCCGGCCGCACUCGACAGUCUGCACGAGGACUGUCAAUUUUUGCACUUCAAAUCUAACUUCCAAACCCUACGGGACGUGUUCCGGAUGUCGGACGAUCGGGCCGAGUUCCGGGCCGGCCAGCAACCGUGGUACGUCGGGUGGAGCAACUGCAACCCGGCGGUACUGCGGGAACUACGGAGGCUGUACCCAAAGCCCCACUUCCUGCCGGACGAUGCCGAAAUGCCGAACACGGACUUUGUGUUCCUCGGCUACGAGCAGGGUGCCGUGAUGCACAUUGACUACAUCCCACGGUUGAUGUGGCAGGCGCAACUGCGGGGCAACAAAAGCUGGAUCCUGGCCCCGACGCCGGAGUGUGAUGCGGUUUGCCGUAGUUUUAGCUUCUACGUGGAACCGGGCGAUGCGCUGCUGGUCGAUACGCGCCUCUGGUACCACGGGACGUUCAUCCACUCGAAGGGCGAAUUCUCGCUCACGAUACAGUCGGAGUACGGUUAGAUCGCAGCCUCUAGUCCCAGUCCCAGCUGCAAGGUUGCAUUUCCCGGAGAAAAACGCCAAUCCGUCGUGUGCCAAUCGCGGACACUGCCGGUGUCCGCGAGCGCACGCGUAUUAUUUCGUUGUUUGUUAAGUCACUCCUCAAUCGCGAGACGCGGUGUAUUUCUAUUCAAUGUUUGAGCGUGUUUUUUUUUAACUCCUCCCUUAGUGCCAUGGACCAUUCAGUUAUUAUUUAUAUUUUAUUAUACUGUACAGUGUGUCAUUCCGUUAAUUUUGAGUGCUUUAUUUGCGUCCCAAAUCGCUAGUUUUAUGCCCAGUGUGAAUGCAAAAUGAGUGUUUCCUUUACAUUUGCUUUACGUUUCACGACGAACGCUGUUCUACUUUUCGGUUGACCGGAUCGGUCCACUCUUCGGACUGAUUGUAAAUAGGUGUUGCUUUAUUUUUCUUAUAGGAAGAAUGCCGGAUCCCGGCGGAUACUUUAAACACACAAAAAAUCAAUUAUUUACAACAGCAACAAACCAAAACAAACCGUUCGGAAAGCGAUCAAUGAUACUGUAGAUAAUUAGUCAUAUUAAUAAAACAAAUGGGCGCCUAACAAUUUC